AUGUUAAGUUUCAACCUGCUUGCGUCUGGACAGGAGAUCGGCCUUGGAGGAGAAGAACAAUACGCAUUGGGAUGCUCAGUGUUACCGAUGGGAUGGUCGUCUUCGGUUGCCAUCAUGCAAGAAGCGAGUGAGAGGAUUCUGGCAUUGGGCAGACUCCCGGCUGAUGAGCAGCUGUUGAGAGGACGUGCUGUUCCGCUUUGGAUGGUAGGGCUGCUGGACGAGGCACGGAAGAAAGGGAAGGCCUGGUGGCAUGUCUAUUUAGACAACUUUGCAGCUGGAGAAGUAGGAAAACAGGGAGAGCAGUUUUCUUCAGGGCAUGAGCUCCAUCAGCUGGCCGAGAAAGCAUGGGCCGUGUCUGGUGUGGUGUCGUCGGAGAAGAAGAGAAAAGCGGCGGAGCUGGAGGCACAGGAGCUAGGUGGUUUCAUGGAUGGAGGAGCCAAAACGCUAGGUGGGUCACCCGAGAGGUUGCUCAAGUUAGUUCAGGCGACCAUCAUCCUUCUUAAGCAACCCCAUCUCUCAAAGAAGCUAACUCAGGUGGUAGUGUCCCUGUUGGAGCAUACUUGGAAGUUCACUGCAUCGAAAAGGUUUGAAGCAUCCCUCAUUACCAAAGUCAAGAAGGAGUUGUUCGCUUGCUGCUGCAGUGUGCCCUUUCUACAUGCUUACUUGGGCGCUCAGGUGUCGCCGGUGAUCACCGCAAGCGAUGCCUCGAACAGCGGCGGAGCCGUGGGCCUUUCAAAGGAGCUGACAUCAGAAGGAAGAGACUUUGUGGGUGCUGCCUCAUUAGGCGAUGGCACUCAGCAGGCAAACAUACUGGUGGUGUCGCUCUUCAAUGGCAUAGGAGGUGCAAUAAGGUGCUAUGACGUGUUGGGUGUGCUCCCACGGCAUGUUGUUGCUUGUGACAUACAUGGGCCGGCCAAUCGAGUCACCGCAAAGCGAUGGCCCUCCACGGAAAUCAUCGAAGAUGUGAGGUCAAUAGAUCAGAACACAGUCGAUGGAUGGUUCCGCAAGGUGGUACCACUAGAAGAACUACACUUAUGGGCUGGUUUUCCAUGCACGGACCUUUCAUCGGCCAAGGCAGGGCGCGAAGGAUUGGCUGGCAAGGCAUCAGGUUUGUUUUGGGAAGUUGUGAGACUUAUAAAACUGAUAAAGAAGCGGGCACCUGCUCACGUGGUGGUCAAGUACGUCGCAGAGAACGUGGCUAGCAUGGCGAAACAGGAAUGCGAAGUCAUCACCAAGGAGCUAGGAGUUUUUCCUUAUUGGUUGAAUAGUGCUGACGCUGUUCCAAUGAACCGGCCUCGGCUAUGUUGGACUUCGGAAGAGGUAGAAGGCCAACUCAGGGGACUUCGCUUUCGUGAUCAGGAGCACUGGACAGAGGUCACAGCAGAGGCGCCCUAUCCAGAACUGGGCGCCUGGUUGACUCCUGGGUGUCAAUGGCCGGGUGAAGAAGAAGGAGCAGUCUUCCCGACGGCCAUGAAGGCCAUACCGAGGAAACGACCACCAGUGCAGCCCGCUGGCAUCAGCCGUUGCGGGGAUGACACCAUCGGACGGUGGACGGCAGAUGGGUACAGGUUCCCGCCCUAUCACUAUUUGCCACAGUAUGUGAUCUGGCGGGGCGAAAGAUGGAGGCUGACAAACAGCAGUGAAAGGGAGCUCUUGCUUGGGUAUGGUUUUGGGCACACGAAGCGUUGCAUGAGCGCCUCGGACAUCAAGAGAUCGAAACAGGCCUAUGAAGACGAACGGCUUUCGCUUUUGGGUGACUCCUUCAGCAUCUACAGCUUUGUCAUCAUCGCGGCUGCGCUUUGUGCCCGCUACCUGCCCAGCUUGCACUACGUGGACCUCACCAGGAGAAUGGGGAUGGCAGCAUGGUGGAAGUGGGAGCCUUUGUUUAAGGUGCAAUGGACCCGAAAAGAACAUAUCAAUGUGCUAGAGCUUCGCUCCAUCCUUUUGGCUAUCCAGUUUCAGAUCUCCCACCUUGACGUCUCACAUCUCCGUAUCUUUCAUGUCACCGACAGCUUUGUCGCGAUGUCCAUAGUGGCCAAGGGACGAACAGGAAGCCUCCAGCUGGCACGAGUCCUCAAAGUGCUGAACGCACAUCUCUUGGGUUUUGGGCUGGCUCUGGCUUUAGGGCACGUUGAGUCAACCGAGACGAAAGUCGUGCUUCGGGACGCAGGGCUUAGUGAGAAGACCCAGGAGCGAUACUACCUUGGGGUGCGAAAGGUCUUACCCAUUCUCCUACGUAGCAGGGACUUGGUUGAGUUGGAUGAGAAGGUAGCAGAUUGGGUCCAACAACGUUGGGAAAAGGCGACAGCCAACACCAGAUCAGUGAUGCCUUGUGCGCACUACACCAUUUUGAACCUUGGUUGCGGGGAAAGCUACCGCUGGCGUGGAAACUACUAG